AUUUUCAAGUAAAAAAAAUAAAAAGUUUGCAAAAAAUAUAAUUAUUUUAUUAUAAGUAAUUAGAAAAUAGGCAAACUGCUUUUAUUAAUGAAGAAUUUAAGCACCACGUAAAUGAAAUUGCAAUUGUUUAUUUACUUUAAAAAAAGCGAAAAUGGCCGAUCUCGAUGCAGUAAAUCUCGGCCUCGAUGAAAAUGAAGCUGACAUCGCCACAGAACUUCAAGAUUACGGAGAUUCAUUUGAUACAAGAAGUGAGGCGUCAGCUGCAAGUUCAAAUAGUGCUGCAUCAAAUCCAAGCAUGAGUUCGAUGAGCAGUAAGAAAAGCAAUUCGUCAAAUCGCAGUAGUCGAGGUAAUAAUGACCGGCGAGCACGCCUUAAACGUGAAAGAUCUGUGAAUGGUGGUGAUACAAAAUCUGGCAGUAAUUUAAAUAAAAAAUUAACAAAAGUUAAUAAUAGUAAAGAUGAAAAUACUAAUAAACGUAAAUUAAGUAAAACUCGUAGUGAUGACAGUGACAGUAGUGAUGACGAUGGUGGAGGUGAUGGUAAAUCAAAUAGUAGUAAAAGUUCUGGUGAUGAAAAGAAAACAAAUAAAAAUGGUAGAAAAAGUUCAAGUCCAAAUUCAUCAAAAAAGAAAACUGCGAAUUCAAAGCACAAUUCAAAAUCUUAUGAUUAUAUGACAAAACUGAAUUAUUUGUUUCGGGAUACUAGAUUUUUUUUAAUCAAAUCAAAUAAUGCAGACAAUAUUGCUUUGUCGAAAAGUAAGAAUGUUUGGUCAACAUUACCACAAAAUGAAGCAAAUUUGAAUCAAGCAUUUAAGGAGUCCCGUAAUGUAUUAUUAAUAUUUUCAGUUAACGAAAGUGGAAAAUUUGCUGGUUUUGCUAGAAUGGCUGGUGAAUCAAGGCGUGAUCUGCCGCAAGUUCAGUGGGUUUUACCGCCAAGCAUGUCAUCAAAGGCUUUGGCUGGAGUAAUUGAAUUAGAUUGGAUAUGCCGUAAAGAGCUUUCAUUCACAUGUACAGCACAUUUGUAUAACUCUUGGAAUGAUGGUAAACCUGUUAAAAUUGGGCGAGAUGGCCAGGAAAUUGAACCAAAAGUUGGUGCGGAAUUAUGUCGUCUAUUUCCAGAAGACGAAGGUAUUGAAUUAACUCCAGUUUUAAGAAAAUCAAAAGAAACUGCAAAAAUUAUGAGAGAAAAAGGAAUUCGUGUAGUACACAAAGGUCCGCCGCCUCGUAAUCAAUCAAUAUCUAGCAGAGGUGGGCGAAAUCAUCCCUCUUCUGGAGUUGGUGGUAGUGGUGGUGGUGGACCUGUUCGUGGGAAAAAAUCUUUCACUUUAGGUCGGGGAAAAAUUAUGGGUUUGCAGUCAGGGUCUGCGUAUAAACGAUCUGGUUCACCGUAUUCAAGAGUAGAUCGUGUACCACCAUGGGAACGCUAUGUAACAUCAGCUGCGGCAGCUGAAGCUUACGUGGAAAACUAUAUGAGAACAAUGCACGGUCAAUUACCCCCAAUGCCAGGUAUGUUACCAGGAUUUCCUGGAAUGUUACCACCUGGUAGUGCUCCACCCGGUGCCUUACCAGCUGGUGCACCACCUGGAAUGUAUGAAGCUUUACCGCCAAGGUAUUAUGAUGGUCCACCACCAUUACCAGAUUAUCCACCACCAGCUCCACCAAUUAGGCCACCAUUACCCCCAGGACCAUUCGAGAAAAGACAAGGUGCUAGCGGUGGUGGUAUGGGUAGUAGGCAACAAGUUGAUGAAUAUAUAAGAAAAGCUGCCGCAAGUAUCUCGAAUAAUGAUAGAUCAUCGGGUCUUGGAAAUAAUUCAAGUACAAGUAAUAGUAAGGGUGGCGGAAAUAGCUCGUAUCGUAAUAGAAUAUUCGAUAGAACUCGUGAAGGUCGCGGUGGUAGAGAUAGAGGUGGAGGUGGAAGCAGUAGUAGUAGAGGUGGAAGUGAACGUGAUAGAAAUUUUCGAGAUCGAAAUAGUCAUCGUAGUAGUUAUAGAGAUAGACGAUGAUUUUUCUAAAAAUAGAAUUACCAUAAUAAACAUACAUAUAAUUAUAUUUUUUUUUAUUAAUUUCCUGUAAAAUGAACAACCAAAAUUAUAAGAGAAAAGUUAUUUUCCUGGGUUUUUUAUUAAUUAUUAUUAAUUUAAUUAAAAAUUAAUAUUUUAUUUUAUAUAUAAAAAAUAACAGUAGGAUAAAAAUAUAUAUAAUAACAAAGUAUAUAAAUAUAUAUACAAAAAGGAUGAUAAAAUUUUAAUUAUGCGCUACCUCCACUUUUUUUUGGGAAAAAUUCAUAACCGAAAAUAAAUAAUCAUUCAAUAUGACUUAAAUUAAGAAAGUGAACUCAAAUGUGUAGGAUAUUCGAUGUUUUGUAAUUUGGACUUUAAAAAAACUUAUAAUGGAAAAAAAACUGAAAAUUAAGUAAAAAGAGAAAUUUGAGUGUUCAAAAGAAAGAAAUAAAAAAAAAUACUCUUUAAAUAUUUGCCGGCAUUUGAUUAUAAAUGAAUAACUAAUAAUUGUUAAUUGAUUUUAGACGAAAAUAAUUGUACUUAUUUAAAUAAUUAAAAUUUCUUACUAUAAAUUUCGAAACUAUUUGUUCGAUGAUUUUACAAAAAAAAAACUCCAUUAUUUCUUUAUUGUGUAAAGUUUAAAAUUUCAUAGGCAAAACCUAUGUAAUUUUCGAAAGAUUUGAGCAGAAAAUUAAGGAUGUUUUUAAUUUUGUGCAUUAUAAGAAUUUUAAAAUCUUAAUUUCGAUAUGAUAAAAAUUUAAUUUGUUAUAUGUAUUAAAUCAUAACAAAUUUGUUAUUAUUAUAUUUAAAUUUAAUUACUAUUACUUAGAAUUAGAUAAUGAAAGUAAAUGGAGAAAAAUUUCCGUAACUAUGGUCGUCUACAAAAUUGCAGAUCUAAAGUCAAUUUAACUUACUGAGUAAUUAAAUUUGUUUUGCUGAAAAGAACAACUAGACUUUUGGUAAUGCAGUUUUGUAGAUGCGCUAUAAUAUCAAAAUUUAUGUAAUUUUCUUUUAUAGUUUACAUCCUUAUUUUGCGCAUUUUUAAAUAAAUAUAUAAAACUUUUUUGAAUAAAAAUAUCAAAAAAAAGUAACAACAUUACAAAUAUAGAUAAAAUAAUAAUAAAUAAGCAUAUUUGUAUAUAUACAUAUAUAUUCGUAUAAAUAUUAAUGUUCUUUCUGAUAAAAUUAACUAUUAUUAUUGUACAAUUUUUAUG